AUGUUUCAUUUUAUAUCAUUUAUAAUAUGUAUAUCACUAUGUUGUCUGAGAGUUUGGGGGUAUCCACAGUCAAUACUUUCUUAUAAGAUUUCUCCAAAAAUUGUUAUAGUGUCAAUGUUUCAACCUGAAGAAGAAGCAUGGACUUCGAAAAUCAAUUUCGUUCAUAAUUUACCAAUUCCCGGAUUACAUCCCUUAUAUCCAAAUGUUCAUUGUACUGAAAAUUAUGAUAUCUGUCAUUUUACUACAGGUGAAGGAGAAAUCAACGCUGCUAGUUCAGUAGCAUUUUUAAUCUCAAACCCAACAUUUGAUUUUUCUAAAACUUAUUGGUUAUUGGCAGGUAUUGGUGGAGGUGAUCCAAAUAAGGUUACUACUGGUUCAGUCACUUUUGCAAAAUAUGCCAUUCAAGUGGGUUUACUGUAUCAAAUUGACUCAAGAGAAUUGGAUCCAGAAAAAUAUAAAGAUUGGUCAACUGGAUAUUUUAGUUAUGGUACGAAGAAUCCUAAUGAUUACCCAGAUUCUGUGUAUGGAACAGAAGUAUUUGAGGUGAAUCAAAAAUUAAGAGAUAGGGCUAUGAAACUUUCAUUAAAAAAUAAAGACCUUUUGAAAAUUGGUGAUGAUGAUAAUAUUAAUUUAAGAAAAUGGUAUUCCCACCCAGCUAGUUCAAAUCCAGAUAUUCUUGCAUGUGACGUAUUGACCAGUGAUAAUUACUUUACUGGACAUGUAUUAAAUGAUUAUUUUAACCAAUAUACAAAGUUAAUCACUAAUGGAACAGCCAACUAUUGUUCAAGUGCCCAGGAAGAAAAUGCUAGUUUGGAGUCAUUUAUUAGAGUUGCUAAAACAGGGUUUAUUGAUUAUGAGAGAAUUGUUAUUAUGAGAACAAUAUCAAAUUUUGUUGCUAAGCCAAAGAACUUAUCAAUAGAUCCAAUAGAGUUUUUCAAUGAGUAUCCCAAAGGUGGAUUUCAACAUGCAUUGGAUAAUUUAUACAUUGGUGGUUGGCCAUUUGUUGAUGAUGUAAUAAAUAACUGGGAUGAAUUAUAUGAACUGGGAGACGCCUUCAAAGCUGAUAAUUAUUUAGGUGAUUUAUUUGGUACUCUUGGUAAUGAUGAUAAAAGAGAUUUUGGUAAGGACUCCUAUAAGAUAACAGAGAUUUAA